AUGCCUUCCCCCUCUCAUGCCUUCCCCCUCUCAUGCCUUCCCCCUCUCAUGCCUUCCCCCUCUCAUGCUUUCCCCCUCUCAUGCCUUCCCCCUCUCAUGCCAUCCCCCUCUCAUGCCUUCCCCCUCUCAUGCCUUUCCCCUCUCAUGCCUUCCCCCUCUCAUGCCUUUCCCCUCAUAUGCCUUCCCCCUCUUAUGCCUUCCCCCUCUCAUGUUUUCCCCCUCUCAUGCCUUCCCCCUCUCAUGCCAUCCCCCUCUCAUGCCUUCCCCCUCUCAUGCCUUCCCCCUCUCAUGCCUUCCCCCUCUCAUGCCUUCCCCCUCUCAUGCCUUCCCCCUCUCAUGCCUUCCCCCUCUCAUGCCUUCCCCCUCUCAUGCCUUCCCCCUCUCAUGCCUUCCCCCUCUCAUGCCUUCCCCUUCUCAUGCCUUCCCCCUCUCAUGCCUUCCCCCUCUCAUGCCUUCCCCCUCUCAUGCCUUCCCCCUCUCAUGCCUUCCCCCUCUCAUGCCUUCCCCCUCUCAUGCCUUCCCCCUCUCAUGCCUUCCCCCUCCCAUGCCUUCCCCCUCCCAUCCCUUCCCCCUCCCAUGCCUUCCCCCUCCCAUGCCUUCCCCCUCCUAUGCCUUCCCCUCCCAUGCCUUCCCCCUCCCAUGCCUUCCCCCUCCCAUGCCUUCCCCCUCCCAUGCCUUCCCCCUCCCAUGCCUUCCCCCUCCCAUGCCUUCCCCCUCCCAUGCCUUCCCCCUCCCAUGCCUUCCCCCUCCCAUGCCUUCCCCCUCCCAUGCCUUCCCCCUCCCAUGCCUUCCCCCUCCCAUGCCUUCCCCCUCCCAUGCCUUCCCCCUCCCAUGCCUUCCCCCUCCCAUGCCUUCCCCCUCCCAUGCCUUCCCCCUCCCAUGCCUUCCCCCUCCCAUGCCUUCCCCCUCCCAUGCCUUCCCCCUCCCAUGCCUUCCCCCUCCCAUGCCUUCCCCCUCCCAUGCCUUCCCCCUCCCAUGCCUUCCCCCUCCCAUGCCUUCCCCCUCCCAUGCCUUCCCCCUCCCAUGCCUUCCCCCUCCCAUGCCUUCCCCCUCCCAUGCCUUCCCCCUCCCAUGCCUUCCCCCUCCCAUGCCUUCCCCCUCCCAUGCCUUCCCCCUCCCAUGCCUUCCCCCUCCCAUGCCUUCCCCCUCUCAUGCCUUCCCCCUCUCAUGCCUUCCCCCUCUCAUGCCUUCCCCCUCUCAUGCCUUCCCCCUCUCAUGCCUUCCCCCUCUCAUGCCUUCCCCCUCUCAUGCCUUCCCCCUCUCAUGCCUUCCCCCUCUCAUGCCUUCCCCCUCUCAUGCCUUCCCCCUCUCAUGCCUUUCCCCUCGCAUGCCUUCCCCCUCUCAUGCCUUCCCCCUCUCAUGCCUUCCCCCUCUCAUGCCUUCCCCCUCUCAUGCCUUCCCCCUCUCAUGCCUUCCCCCUCUCAUGCCUUCCCCCUCCCAUGCCUUCCCCCUCCCAUGCCUUCCCCCUCCCAUGCCUUCCCCCUCCCAUGCCUUCCCCCUCCCAUGCCUUCCCCCUCCCAUGCCUUCCCCCUCCCAUGCCUUCCCCCUCUCAUGCCUUCCCCCUCCCAUGCCUUCCCCCUCCCAUGCCUUCCCCCUCCCAUGCCUUCCCCCUCCCAUGCCUUCCCCCUCCCAUGCUUUCCCCCUCCCAUGCCUUCCCCCUCCCAUGCCUUCCCCCUCCCAUGCCUUCCCCCUCUCAUGCCUUCCCCCUCCCAUGCCUUCCCCCUCCCAUGCCUUCCCCCUCCCAUGCCUUCCCCCUCUCAUGCCUUCCCCCUCUCAUGCCUUCCCCCUCUCAUGCCUUUCCCCUCUCAUGCCUUCCCCCUCUCAUGCCUUCCCCCUCUCAUGCCUUCCCCCAGCCUUCCCCUCCCAUGCCUUCCCCCUCCCAUGCCUUCCCCCUCCCAUGCCUUCCCCCUCCCAUGCCUUCCCCCUCCCAUGCCUUCCCCCUCCCAUGCCUUCCCCCUCCCAUGCCUUCCCCCUCCCAUGCCUUCCCCCUCCCAUGCCUUCCCCUCCCAUGCCUUCCCCCUCUCAUGCCUUCCCCCUCCCAUGCCUUCCCCCUCCCAUGCCUUCCCCCUCCCAUGCCUUCCCCCUCCCAUGCCUUCCCCCUCCCAUGCUUUCCCCCUCCCAUGCCUUCCCCCUCCCAUGCCUUCCCCUCCCAUGCCUUCCCCCUCCCAUGCCUUCCCCCUCCCAUGCCUUCCCCCUCCCAUGCCUUCCCCCUCUCAUGCCUUCCCCCUCUCAUGCCUUCCCCCUCUCAUGCCUUCUCCCUCCCAUCCCUUCCCCUCCCAUGCCUUCCCCCUCCCAUGCCUUCCCCCUCCCAUGCCUUCCCCCUCCCAUGCCUUCCCCCUCCCAUGCCUUCCCCCUCCCAUGCCUUCCCCCUCCCAUGCCUUCCCCCUCCCAUGCCUUCCCCCUCUCAUGCCUUCCCCCUCUCAUGCCUUCCCCCUCUCAUGCCUUCCCCCUCUCAUGCCUUCCCCCUCUCAUGCCUUCCCCCUCUCAUGCCUUCCCCCUCUCAUGCCUUCCCCCUCUCAUGCCUUCCCCCUCUCAUGCCUUCCCCCUCUCAUGCCUUCCCCCUCUCAUGCCUUCCCCCUCUCAUGCCUUCCCCCUCUCAUGCCUUCCCCCUCUCAUGCCUUCCCCCUCUCAUGCCUUCCCCCUCUCAUGCCUUCCCCCUCCCAUGCCUUCCCCCUCCCAUGCCUUCCCCCUCCCAUGCCUUCCCCCUCCCAUGCCUUCCCCCUCCCAUGCCUUCCCCCUCCCAUGCCUUCCCCCUCCCAUGCCUUCCCCCUCCCAUGCCUUCCCCCUCUCAUGCCUUCCCCCUCUCAUGCCUUCCCCCUCUCAUGCCUUCCCCCUCUCAUGCCUUCCCCCUCUCAUGCCUUCCCCCUCUCAUGCCUUCCCUUCCCCCUCCCAUGCCUUCCCCCUCCCAUGCCUUCCCCCUCUCAUGCCUUCCCCCUCUCAUGCCUUCCCCCUCUCAUGCCUUCCCCCUCUCAUGCCUUCCCCCUCUCAUGCCUUCCCCCUCUCAUGCCUUCCCCCUCUCAUGCCUUCCCCCUCUCAUGCCUUCCCCCUCUCAUGCCUUCCCCCUCUCAUGCCUUCCCCCUCUCAUGCCUUCCCCCUCUCAUGCCUUCCCCCUCUCAUGCCUUCCCCCUCUCAUGCCUUCCCCCUCUCAUGCCUUCCCCCUCUCAUGCCUUCCCCCUCUCAUGCCUUCCCCCUCUCAUGCCUUCCCCCUCUCAUGCCUUCCCCCUCUCAUGCCUUCCCCCUCCCAUGCCUUCCCCCUCCCAUGCCUUCCCCCUCCCAUGCCUUCCCCCUCCCAUGCCUUCCCCCUCCCAUGCCUUCCCCCUCCCAUGCCUUCCCCCUCCCAUGCCUUCCCCCUCUCAUGCCUUCCCCCUCUCAUGCCUUCCCCCUCUCAUGCCUUCUCCCUCCCAUGCCUUCCCCCUCCCAUGCCUUCCCCCUCCCAUGCCUUCCCCCUCCCAUGCCUUCCCCCUCCCAUGCCUUCCCCCUCCCAUGCCUUCCCCCUCCCAUGCCUUCCCCCUCCCAUGCCUUCCCCCUCCCAUGCCUUCCCCCUCUCAUGCCUUCCCCCUCUCAUGCCUUCCCCCUCUCAUGCCUUCCCCCUCUCAUGCCUUCCCCCUCUCAUGCCUUCCCCCUCUCAUGCCUUCCCCCUCUCAUGCCUUCCCCCUCCCAUGCCUUCCCCCUCCCAUGCCUUCCCCUCCCCAUGCCUUCCCCCUCCCAUGCCUUCCCCCUCCCAUGCCUUCCCCCUCCCAUGCCUUCCCCCUCCCAUGCCUUCCCCCUCCCAUGCCUUCCCCCAUGCCUCCCCCUCCAUGCCUUCCCCCUCCCAUGCCUUCCCCCUCCCAUGCCUUCCCCCUCCCAUGCCUUCCCCUCCCAUGCCUUCCCCUCCAUGCCUUCCCCCUCCCAUGCCUUCCCCCUCCCAUGCCUUCCCCCUCCCAUGCCUUCCCCCUCCCAUGCCUUCCCCCUCCCAUGCCUUCCCCCUCCCAUGCCUUCCCCCUCCCAUGCCUUCCCCCUCCCAUGCCUUCCCCUCCCAUGCCUUCCCCCUCCCAUGCCUUCCCCCUCCCAUGCCUUCCCCCUCCCAUGCCUUCCCCUCCCAUGCCUUCCCCCUCCCAUGCCUUCCCCCUCCCAUGCCUUCCCCCUCCCAUGCCUUCCCCCUCCCAUGCCUUCCCCCUCCCAUGCCUUCCCCCUCCCAUGCCUUCCCCCUCCCAUGCCUUCCCCCUCCCAUGCCUUCCCCCUCCCAUGCCUUCCCCCUCCCAUGCCUUCCCCCUCCCAUGCCUUCCCCCUCCCAUGCCUUCCCCCUCCCAUGCCUUCCCCCUCCCAUGCCUUCCCCCUCCCAUGCCUUCCCCUCCCAUGCCUUCCCCCUCCCAUGCCUUCCCCUCCCUCCCAUGCCUUCCCCCUCCCAUGCCUUCCCCCUCCCAUGCCUUCCCCCUCCCAUGCCUUCCCCCUCCCAUGCCUUCCCCUUCCCAUGCCUUCCCCCUCCCAUGCCUUCCCCCUCCCAUGCCUUCCCCCUCCCAUGCCUUCCCCCUCCCAUGCCUUCCCCCUCCCAUGCCUUCCCCCUCCCAUGCCUUCCCCCUCCCAUGCCUUCCCCCUUCCAUGCCAUCCCCCUCCCAUGCCUUCCCCCUCCCAUGCCUUCCCCCUCCCAUGCCUUCCCCCUCCCAUGCCUUCCCCCUCCCAUGCCUUCCCCCUCCCAUGCCUUCCCCCUCUCAUGCCUUCCCCCUCUCAUGCCUUCCCCCUCUCAUGCCUGUUGUGGAUGUGGAACGAAAUGGAGAGGUGAUCACGUGGCUGCGCUUGUCUGGUCCUAUUGCCAAGCCAGCAAAGGCGUGGGAGGGUUGCGAGCAUCAUCGGUCAUUGGUGCUCGCGAAUGAAGAGCGCUCGUAG